UCCCAUUGCUCUGAUCUCAUCCCCCCUCCUCCAUUUCACGACAACUCUAUCUUUCUCGUACUUUCCUAGAGGUUUUUCAUUUCAUCCUCAUUUCAUCUUUCGUCCCUCUCAGAUCUUUGGUUUGGAACCCACGCCAAAUCACGAAAUCUGAGACGCCGGUCUCGUAAAUCCUGAUUAAACAACUCCGCCGGGUGCCAGUGCUGCAGAGCAUCAGAUCUUCUUCAGGAGCAACAUCAGCUUCGCAAACAGGUUCAGUUCUUCGUCACAGGCAGUAACACCCCUGCUUCACGAGCUUAGAAACCACACCACCACACCCACCCACAAUGGCCGAACCCCCACGGCAGCCGCGAGAGCACCAGGGCCGGCAUCAACUCCCUAAGGAGGAGCUGAGCUCGCCCUCAGAACCCCCGCCGGCGUACGUCCCGCCGGCAGGGGCGGUGCUGCUCGCACGCCUGGGCCGGCUCUUCAACAACAACCCGGAGCUAACCCUCUCGGCGGUUUCCCGCCCCGAACCAGCCGCGCCACCUCCCAACCCAUUGCCGAGCGCGCUCGCCCACCUCGCCGGCAUCUCGGCCAGCGACGCCGCCAACCGAUCCGGGGCCGGGGACGCCGCGGCGGCGGCGGCGGUGCAGCAAGCGCACGAGCCCGCCGACGACCCCUGGGACGACGACCACUCGGAGUGCGAGGACCUCAAGUCCCCGAUCACGAUCCGCAUCAACGCGGGGAUACGCAUCUCGUCCAACAGCAACGUGGUGACGCUGGCGGCCUCUCCCGCCGACACGUGCGCGCGCAUCGCGCAGGCCGUCGUGGCCGGCAUGCGCGAGGCCAGCGGCGGCGUGGGCAUCCCCAUGAUCGACGAGGACGGGCACCCGCGGCCCCUGCGCAUCGAGGUCGACGCCGGCCUCGACAUCAACGGCGCCGGGAACGUCGUCGGCCGCGAGGACGUCGUGCGCGACAUCUUGCGCAUGAAGGCCGAGGCCGCCGCCACCAGGAGGGCCGAGGCUGGCGGGUCUGCCGCACACACACCCGCGUCCUCGAGGGUCCCCAGCGGCUCCGUCGUGCCGGAUAUCGGAUCGAUACCCAUGCCCGGGUCGUCGCGCGUGCCGAGUGGUGUCGGGGGUCCUGGUGACUAUGCUCCGGGACUAUCGGACGUGUCUGGCAACGCCCACAACACGGCUCCGGCACCCGCUCCUGUUGGUGCAACUGCAACUGCAGCGGCGGCGGCGGCAACGCGUGAGAUCGGAGCUCGAAAUAGAGCUAGAAACGGGACAACCCCCGAGGCGGGGGCUAGCGAUGACGGCCAUGUCGGCCGAGUGGAAUUCUGGGGCCGGAUGAGGGCAUGCAGCAUCUGAAUGGCUCCCCACUGCACCAUAUCGAUCGAACGCCUUUCUUUGGUCAUUGGGAGGCAUGGAACGUAUGGUCGGAUUACAAGGUAUCUCGGAGUCACGGUCGGUUGAAGGGGAUAUGCCAAUACUGCUUUUAUUGGAACCCUUGCCUGUUCCUUGAGUUUCC